GUCAUGUUUUCCAAGUUACAGGAGGCGUGGCAAAGACAUCCUUCCAGGGUGGUGGAGUGGAGUUGACUUUCAACAAGGUCACUCUGCAGGCGAGUUCCUUUGCUGACGAGGAGCAAGAUGAUCCCUUGAAUUGGGAAAUCGCUAACUUCGGGCAGAUUCUGGAAGGAGAGUUUGCAGAUGGCAGCUUGGUCAAUGUACGGGGCAAGGUGCUUGAAGAGCACGAGCCGGAAAUCCUGAACAUUGCCGAAAGAAAAGCUAAGCGCCGGAGGACGAAGCUGGUUGGAGAAGAUGGCGAAACAAUGAACGUGGACUUCUGGGGAGAGGCUGCUGAGGCUUCCCACGAGGCAGCUGACAUAGUCUUCAUUCGCAGCAUCAAAGUCCGCAGCUACAGCUUGAGGGACCAGUAUUCUGGGGAGGAGGACACACGGCAUGCGUUGACUUCCGUUGUCUCAACUCGCAUUCUUUCUCUGGGCAAGGGCUUCAACUCAACAACAGCUGAAUUACAUGUACAGCUGUGCAGCUGUAUGGAAGAGGAGAAGCGCAGGCAGUCCGAGCUGCAGCAUUUGCGAGAGCAGCGUGCUGCACGAAGAGCUGCAGAAGCGGCUGCAAGGCAGCAAGAACAAGAACGCCUAGAGCGCCUACGCGACAAAGGCGAGCUGAAGUGCCGGGCGUGUAAGAAGAAGAUCCGAGAUUUCUGGGUGACUCCAGACUGGGGCUCCCGUGAAUACCACAAGGCCUGCUGGCUUAGACUUGCUGAUUGA